AUGGGAAAUAAGGAAGGUUGCGAAAAUUUUGAGCUUAUGGAAUAUGGGAGGAAGGAUGUUGGUCGCGCGUCAGGUCUCUAUUCCCCAAAAUCCAAGCGUUUUCGUGUACUCCUCAUGAUAGGAUUUUCGAUGUUUGCCCAGGGCAUCAUGAAAACGAACCUCAGCAUGGCUAUGGUUUGCAUGGUUAACUCGACUUUCGAGGAUGCAAAUUCACUUUCUAACGAUACUCCGCCCAUAAUCGGUUGCGAUUUGCCAACCGAAUUAACAGUAGAAGCAAAAACAAGCUAUGACGGAACACUCGAAUGGUCAAGCGAAGCCCAGUCAAAUAUUUUCUCGGCGUUUUUCUGGGGCGGUGUGGUGUCUGUUUGCUGUUGUACUUGGCUGAGUAAUAAAUUUGGUCCCAGCAACGUGCUGCUCGCCGGGGCUGCAAUUAAUGUAAUUGGGUCCUUUCUCACGCCGCUCGCCGCCGAUCUGGGCGUUUUUUGGAUAAUUUUGUUGCGAGCGAUUAUGGGGGCCGGGCAGGGAAUACAGUACCCGCUUGGUGCCACCGUAGCGGCUGCUUGGUUUCCAAAAGAGGAGAAGAGUUCAGCGGUGGCAUUUUAUACAAAUGGAAAUCAAAUGUCGUAUGUCGUUGCUAUGUUGGUAUCAUCGCAAAUUUGUCAGAUGCGAUCGAUUGGAGGGUGGAGGGCUAUAUUUUACAUAUAUGGUGCUGUCGGCGCAUUAAUGUGCAUCCUCUGGCGUUGGAUAGUCCGCGAUACGCCUCAUGACUGCAACGACAUCUCAGAUGCGGAAAAAGAGCUGAUUUGCGGCAAAAUGACCUCCAAGCAAGUGGCAAAAGACACGCCUUGGAAGACCCUUCUCACCUCCCCCCUAAUUAUCACCCUUGUCGUCUGCACAAUCGGGCAAUCAGUAUCAAUAAUCACGCUCACCACCUAUUUGCCGAGCUAUUUUAAGCAUGUUCAGCGUAUGGAUUUGACGAAUAACGGCUUCUGGUCGGCCCUGCCUUUCUUAUGCCAAACAAUUAUGAAAUUUAUUGUUGGUGGUUCGGCAGACGCUUUGAAGAGGAAAUAUCCAAAGAAGAUUGAUCUUAUCACAAAGAUUUCGAAUUGUUUAGCAACAUUUGGGUGUGCGAUUUGCCUGGCGUUAGUUUCGCUACUUCCCUGUGGACAUCCCGUGUUAGCAGUUCUCCUAAUUACAGUAGGAACCUCUUGUCUAUCCGGAUAUACUGGAGGCUAUUUCACAGCUCUAAUCUCGGUAGCUCCCCUUCAUACGGUAGCCAUCAAUAGUGUCUCGCGUACCUUUGGCCAAUUAGCCAGUGCGGUGACACCGAAUUAUGUCGGCUUCGUCACCCAGACGAACAGUCCAAUCGAAUGGUUAAUCGUAUUUUUCACUAUAGCUGCCAUUCUUGUGGUCAGUGGAGUGAUGUUUAUCACUUUUGGGACAGUCACUCCUCAAUCAUGGUCGUUGCCAGAAAAUCAGAAGAGCAAGAGUUGUCCAGCUCGGAUUGCCGAAACGAACGAAAAA